AGAACCGCCAUGGUAGGUACUAGUUACCAAAACACUCAUUAAUGUACCAUUAGUGUACUCACUGAUUCAUUAUACAACAAAACAUGUGAGCAGAUGGCUGUGUGAUUACAAGAAAAUCCAGCCCAUAUUUAAUUGAAUGCUGGCAGGGAAGCACAGACAGAUACCGGCUCUCAGUCUCAUCUGAUAAGAACCCCUGGCUAAUGAAUGUAAUUAAAGCUCACUGAGAACCUGUGUGUGGCUGAUCUGCCAAAAUAAAGUUACGCAAGGAAGGAGCCUUGAAAGAUGUCAGUGAAUGUUUUCUCAUCGGCCCUUUUGAAAAGUUCCGUUCUGAAAAAUACCCGCUACGGAAAAAGAAAGCAAAGGAGCAAAACUAUUUUCAAAGCAAAAGAAGAUGUGGUGGUUUCACCCGUCAACAGUUGCUUAGUAAAAGCACGAGCGGUGCUUAAUUUUGGAACUAGCGGGUCUCAAGUCACCACAGAACGCAGAGGAAGCGACUCAGUGCCGUUUUAGCACAUUUAUAAUUUUCCCUUUGUGGGUUUAGACAAACCCCUGAUGAGUGGCUGUAUUUGGUUUCACAGUGUCUGUGGAGUUGAUGGCUGUUACAUUGCUUAUGAUCAUGAUCAUAAUCACCCUCCUUUUGUGGGCUUUUGCAAUUCAGGUUACCAGCCCAACUACUGAUUUUGUUCCUGUGAAGAUACUCACAGAUCAGAAGAAUAUCAGCGAGAACAGCGACCUGUAUGUAACCUGCAGCACAUUUGGGUUAAAGAAAAACACCAUGGUUUAUCUUUAUUUAUGUAAGAAUGACAUAUGGAUUGACCAUAAGAAGCAGAAGGAAGAUCGCGAUGAUACCCUCUUCAUCAUACGCAAUGUAAGCCUUAAUCACAGUGGAAAAUACAGUUGUGUUUUCUCGAUAAAGAAUGAUUUACUCCCCAAAGCACCAAUGAGAGGACUCAACGUGAUUCAGAUUCUGGUCAUACCCAAUUAUCUCCCUGCAGACAUUUCAAUAGCUGGACCUUUGGCUGUCAGUGAGGGGGACGACGUUGCAUUUCGAUGUUCUGUUUCUGACACCCUGCAAACACUUGGUGGUUGUCCAUUCAUCCACUCCCACCUGAGGAGGAAUGAGACACUCGUCCAAGUGCAAACGUUCAAUGUUAACCGGAUGGAGGCCACUUUCACCAUCCAAGGUGCCGUCAGUAGGGAUGGGGGCCACUACAGCUGCGUGGUGCUGCCAUCCAAAUGCGUUCCAGAGCACGAGGCAACACUCCGUGGAAAUAACGCAGUGUUGCUCGUGGUCAAAGAAAGUGUGGUCGACCGAGCGAUGGUGUCUUGCGGAGUAGGAGCCCUGAUGUUAGUAGUGGGUCUCUGUCUGUGGUGGAUCCACAAACAGAGAAAGAUCAUCGAAGAGAAAUCAAAAGCGGCCUUCUCAGCUUCAUUCAAUGCGGCAAGGAGGCAGGAAGAGAGCGAGGUAGAGGACGUGGAAUCACAAGACGGAGAUUCUUUCGCCUCAGAGGGAGAUGAUUAUCAGAAUAUUGUUCAUGGUGCAGUCUCCAUUAAUUUUGAAAAUUGUGUCGCACUGUACUCUGCUGUGGAUGAUCCACCUGCUGCCGCUCUGUAUUCACUAUCCUGCAAAAAGGCACCAUGACCAGAUCCAGUGCUCACCUGAUUUUAGUCAACUUAGUGGCGCAACUGGAACGCCUGUUUGUGAUGAACUCCUGUUUUGUUCAGCACUCGGUGUCUACCGAGUUCAAUGACCUUAUCUGAUAAGGAAGCCACUCUAUCAGUGACAGAAGCUGCAACUCCUGUGGGAAAUACAACAGAGGACUUGAUGGAAAGAAUGGAGUUACCACUUUGUAAUUAAAUUUUAGGGAGCAGCAGUUGGCCUGAAAAAGCCGUAAACAAAUGAUUUUGAUUCAGUGAAGGCUUAAAUAUGCAGCUCAUCUAUAAUAAUCCCUGCUGUACCUCGAGUAGGACAAAUUGGUCCAUAACUGUUUUUAAGUUGCAUUUUUGUUGGAAAUCUUUUCAGUUUAUCAAAUUCCUUACUAUGAAUAUGUUUUCAAUUUUUGAAUAAAGAUGUAGGACUAAU